GCGUGAAUGCAUCUCUGUCCAUGUUGGCCAGGCUGGUGUCCAAAUGGGAAACACCUGCUGGGAGCUCUAUUGUUUAGAGCAUGGCAUCCAGCCUGACGGUCAGAUGCCAAGUCACAAGCCCAUUGGGGGCCACGAUGACUCCUUCACCACCUUCUUCAGUGACACUGGGGCUGGGAAAUAUGUCCCCCGUGCAAUCUUUGUCGACCUGGAGCCCACUGUCAUUGAUGAAGUGCGAACUGGAACAUACCGCCAGCUCUUUCACCCGGAGCAGCUGAUUUCGGGAAAGGAGGAUGCAGCCAAUAACUAUGCCAGAGGACACUACACCAUCGGCAAAGAGAUUAUUGACUCGGUUCUGGACAGGAUCCGCAAACUGGCAGAUCAGUGCACUGGUCUCCAAGGAUUCUUGGUAUUCCACUCCUUUGGUGGAGGUACUGGUUCCGGUUUUACUUCCCUGCUCAUGGAGAGGCUCUCUGUUGACUUUGGCAAAAAGUCUAAGCUUGAGUUUGCCAUCUACCCUGCCCCCCAGGUUUCCACUGCAGUAGUUGAGCCUUACAACUCCAUCCUGACCACUCACACCACCCUGGAGCACUCUGACUGUGCUUUCAUGGUGGACAACGAGGCCAUCUAUGACAUCUGCCGUAGAAACCUUGAUAUUGAACGCCCAUCCUAUACCAAUCUCAACCGUCUAAUCAGUCAGAUCGUGUCAUCCAUUACGGCCUCCCUUCGCUUUGAUGGAGCUCUGAAUGUUGACCUGACAGAGUUUCAGACCAACUUGGUGCCUUAUCCUCGUAUCCACUUCCCUCUGGCCACCUAUGCCCCUGUCAUCUCUGCUGAGAAAGCCCACCAUGAGCAGCUGUCUGUGGCUGAGAUCACCAAUUCCUGCUUUGAACCAGCCAAUCAGAUGGUGAAGUGUGACCCUCGCCAUGGUAAAUACAUGGCCUGCUGUCUGCUGUAUCGUGGAGAUGUGGUGCCCAAAGAUGUCAAUGUUGCCAUCGCGGCCAUCAAGACCAAACGCAGCAUCCAGUUUGUGGACUGGUGCCCCACUGGCUUCAAGGUGGGCAUCAACUACCAGCCUCCAACCGUGGUUCCAGGUGGAGACCUGGCCAAGGUGCAAAGAGCUGUGUGUAUGUUGAGCAACACCACAGCCAUCGCUGAGGCCUGGGCCAGACUCGACCACAAGUUUGACCUCAUGUAUGCCAAGAGGGCCUUCGUCCAUUGGUAUGUUGGUGAGGGCAUGGAGGAAGGAGAGUUCUCAGAGGCCAGAGAAGACAUGGCCGCUCUGGAGAAAGAUUAUGAAGAGGUGGGGAUUGAUUCAUUUGAAGAGGAUGAGGAGGGAGAGGAAUAUUAAAGGGGUUUUGCUGUCAUUAUAUUAUAAGGGACAAAAUUAGCAACUUCAUUAUUUAUGAAAAACUGCAUUUCUGUAAAAAAUGAUAAUGUGUUCAGCGCCAGCCACACGCUUACAGCACCCAUGGCCGCCGCCAGGGAACUGCGGUACCUCCUGUAUGAUGUAAAUCCUCCAGAGGGCUUUAAUCUGCGUAGAGAUGUAUAUAUCCGCAUGGCUGCCUUGGUCAAGACUUUGAGGAAAACAGGGGAUGAUUGGGUAUUGGUGCUUCCUCCCUGGGGUCGCCUCUAUCACUGGCAAAGCCCAAACAUACACCAGAUCCACAUCCCAUGGGGAGAGUUCUUUAGCCUCACGAGUUUGCAGGCCAAUAUCCCUGUCAUUGAGUAUGAGGAAUUCAUAGCUGAAAAUGGAGGCCCAUUUAUUGACCAAGUUCUGGUAAUGCAGAACUAUGCUGAGGGAUGGACCGACGGGAAAUGGGAAGAAAAAGUUGAUGAACGGCCAUGCAUUGAGAAGCUGAUGUACUCCAAAGAUAAGCAGGGCUACUACAGAGGCUGGUUUUGGGGCUACGAAGAGACCAGAGCUCGUAAUGUGACAUGCAUAUCAGUCCAAGGCCAUGCCUCAAUCAUGGCCCCAGUUCUUCAAGGAAACAUCACUGCAAUAUCAGUUAUGCUGGACCGUGCAGAGACCCUUCUGCAUGAUGACUAUGCUGGGAAGCAUUACUGGGAUACCCGUCGCAGCAUGGUUUUUGCAAAGCACCUCCGCCUCAUAGGUGACGACUUCAGGGCAAAGCACCUCAACUCCACAGAUGACAGAGACCACACAAUAUAUAUUGAGGACUGGAAACGCAUGAAGGCCAAGCCUGGUUCAGCCAAAGGCGGUCCAUAUCUAGGGGUCCAUCUGCGCAGAAAGGACUUCAUCUGGGGUCACAGAGAGGACGUUCCCAGCCUGAAAGGGGCCGUCCAAAAAAUACGCAGCUUGAUGAAGAAACACAAACUCGACAAAGUGUUUGUUGCGACAGAUGCAGAUGCCGAAGACCUGAAGGAGCUGAGAAGGUUGUUACCAGACAUGCUGCGGUUUGAGCCAUCCAAAGAAGACCUGGAAUUACUGAGAGAUGGAGGAGUUGCCAUUAUUGACCAGUGGAUAUGUGCCCAUGCCAGAUUCUUCAUAGGAACGUCUGUGUCCACAUUUUCUUUCCGGAUUCACGAAGAGAGGGAAAUCCUGGGAUUUGAACCCAAAACCACAUACAACCGUUUCUGUGGAGAGACUGAGAAAGAAUGCGAGCAGCCCACCCACUGGAAAAUAGUCUACUAAUGCCACCUCUGACUUCAGCCACACACAAGUGCCAAAAGCAGUGUUAAGAGGGACUAUUUUUGGAAGGAAAAUACUAAAUAUUUCAACUGUGCAGUGUUUAUUUUUCACUUUUGCUUCAGUGCUGUGAUGUCAGGUUGCCACUGUGAACCGAGGUCACGACCAGGUUGCCAAAAAGAUUGUACAUGUUACAAUUCAAUCCAGACAUAUCUUCACCGUAGAUCUUUCAUGAGAGCCAUGUAUUUUACAAAAAUCUAAAUAUUUAUUUCCACUAGUGUCAGAUUCUGAGAACUGUCUUAUAUCUUUUGAGUGUAAUCUCAGUUUAAACUUCAUGACUUGACAACAUGAAAGUGUUGUGUUUGCUGCUUAAACCUCUGAAUAUUUUUGUGAUAUUUCGCACGUUUUUGAAUGGUAAUAUGACAAAGUAAAAAUGUGAGUUGUUUUUUUUUGUCUGCUUGAAGUCAUUUUUCUUACAUUAACAGCUUAGAAAUACAUGAAGCUCAUAGCAUUUAUAAAGUGAAUUACAGUUUUUGUCCCUGUCUGAGUCUAAGUUAUAAUUGUAUAAUAUUAUUUAUUUAUUUGUCACACAUUACACAAACAGCUUCAUCACAUUUUUAAAGGCAAGUAAUGUACAUAAAGAGUAUGAAUAGUUCUUGGAAUAGAUGUUUGGUAUUUGAUUUAACCUGUUCUGGUAUGGGCAGCUUUAGAUCCAACCAAAAUUCCAAAGCAAUGGUGUUGCUUUAGGACAUUUGAUGCUGAUCACUUGCAGUAGUUGCACUUUGGAAAAACUACAUUGACACUUUAAGUUAGCAGGUUGAAACGAAUCAUAAAAGCUGUGAAUGUUCUACACGUCCUGGACAUCAGAAAGAA